AUGACUCAUCAGGUGUCCACAACCAGGAAUACCUUCCUAAGGGGAAGGGGGUUCAGCUCUGCCUCUGCUCUCGGUGGACUUAGUGGACAAAGGACCUAUGUUGCCUCCAUGCACCAUCCCAUGGGCAGCGGAGGUAGGGUCCACGGUUUCAGCAGUCAAAGCCUUUCCAACUUGGGUGGAAGAGGAAGAAUUGCGCAUGGCGGUUACGAACUUGGAUAUUAUGGUGGCCACAACUAUGGUUGUGCAAGUUAUGGUAGCCCUGCCUUUGUUGGCCCAGUGGGUCAUUAUGGCCCAGUUGGAAGCUUUGGGAUGUUUGGUGGAUACUCAAAUGGCAGGGGGGAUGGCAUCCAUGGUGUUAGAAUCAACGAGAAGCUUCUGAAGCCAUUGCACGUGGGAGUUGACCCUCAAGAACAUAUUCUACGAGAUCAUGAAAGGGAAGAGAUGAAGUGCCUCAACAACGAGUUUGCCUCCUUCAUUGACAAGGUCCGAAACCUAGAGCUACAGAACAAAGUCCUUGAGACCAAAUGGAACCUUUUGCAAGAACAGGUCAUUCCAGCCAAGAAAAGCCUUGAACCGUGUUACGAAAACUUCAUCAGCAACAUGAGAAAGCAACUGGAGUGUGUAUUGAAUACGCAAGAGCAUCUAAGAAAUGAAAAUGCUGCCAUUGACCAGCUGGUGGACGACAUCAAGUGCAAAUACGAACAGGAAUUCAAAAGACGCACAGAUGCAGAAAAUGAAUUUGUGCUGCUCAAGAAGGAGGUAGACUCCAUUUCUCUGAGCAAGUCAGAACUGGAGGGGAAAGUACAUUUGCUCAGCGGAGAAUUGGAAUUUCGCAGUCGUAUCUACGCAGAGGAAUUAGCACAGCUCAGUAACAAUGUUUAUGACACCAACAUCCUCUUGCAAAUGGACAACAGCCGAGACUUGGACAUUGACUGCAUCAUCAAAAACGUGGAAGCAUGGUAUCAAAAUGUUGCCCAUGGGAGCAAAGAAGAAGUUAAUGCUUUUUAUGAAAACCGAUUCCAGGAGCUUCAGCAACAAAGAGGCAAAUAUUCUCAAACUCUGAAGAUCAACCAGCAAGAGAUUGCAGAUCUGACUCGUCUGGUUCAUAAAUUGCAGUCUGAACAUGAUAUUAUUAAAAAACAGGUUAAUGCUUUCCAAACGUCCAUUUGUGAGGUUGAGCAGCAUGGAGACUGUACUCUGAAAGAUGCCCGGGACAAACACAUCGAUCUGCAAACUGCUGUACAGAAGGCCAAGGAUGACUUAGCGAGGCUGCUAAGAGAUUACCAAGAGCUUCUGAACACCAAGCUCGCUCUUGACAUUGAAAUUGCUACCUAUAAGACAUUGCUGGAGGGAGAGGAGACCAGGAUACACUUAGGAAAUCCUGUCUGUAUAGAUGUGAUCAAACCUGGAACAGAGAAUGCAGCUGGAUACCCAUUUUCAAGUGGAUAUGGUUCUCUGGGUGGAGGAUAUGAUAUGGGAUUUGGUAAAGGGUAUGGAAUGGGAAAUCAGGGGAGAAGCAAUAGGAACUACAGCUCCAGAAGUACUGGAUUUGAUCAUACUGGAAGGAGCAAUAUAGCUACAGGGAAUGUGUCAGCAGAUGCAGAGUUCCACCAAGGAAGAGGGCAUAGCUAUAGGAAUGAGUCUUGCUCUGGUAAUCCCUCUGCAGGCAUGCGCCGAGCCUCAACAGAAGAGGCUGGCAGAGGUGCUGGCUAUGGCCCAGGUGCAGGAUUCAGCACACGAACUGCCUAUGGAUCAGUCUGCGGUGGAGGGAGGGGAUAUGGGUCUACAACGGUGGCAGGGAAUUGCCCAGAUGGAAACCACCCCCACAGAGGUUACGAAUCCUCAGGGAUUGCUCCAUUUGGGGAUGCAAGGUGGUGCUCUAGGGCAGGAGUGCCGAUGGGGGGUGCAGCUGAAGGGAACCGAGCCUCUGUAGGAGGAGGGGCGGCAAGUGGAGUGUGUUACUCUGGAUCACUAGGAACCCCUGCUGGGGUGUGUUAUGCUGGACCAGCAGGAACAUCUGGAGGGGUGUGUUAUGCUGGACCAGCAGGAACAUCUGGAGGGGUGUAUUAUGCAGGAACAGCAGGAACAUCUGGAGGGGUGCACUAUGCUGGGCCAGUGGGAAGUUCUGGAGGACUGUGCUACCCUACAGCUGUAAGACUUUUUUAA